AUGGCACAUACGCACGAAUGGAAAGAAUUUGAUGAAAAAUCUAAAUGUUUACCAAAUAAAUGUACAGUAGAAAAUCUCGGUUAUGAAUCAACGAUGCCGAAUGAUCUUCAAAUUAAAUAUGCAUUAGCUACAAUAUUACCAUGUCCAAGUAUAGAAUUAUUAUAUUCAUUUAAAGAUGCGUUUCUACAAUCAACUGGCUUAGCCCCGGAUGAAGAUAUGUUGGCUUUAUUAACAACAUCACACAUUAACAUAGAACCGAUUGUCCUUGCAAUAUUUGGUAGUCAUCAUUUUCCAUUUCCAAAAUAUUAUGGAGCAUGUGGACGAUUGGCAAUGGUCAGUUUUGAAGGAAACAAUUUGGUUAGCUACAUCAAUUCACCAUUUCCAUUUCGCGUCCAUUUGGUACGUGAACUUUUACAAACAAUGUAUGACUUGAACAAUGCUCAUCCAGAAUUGAUCAUUUAUUAUCCGGAUAUAAAUUUAGAGAAUUUUGUUUAUAAUGAAACUGAAAAAAAAGUGAAAGUAAUUGACUUGGAAUAUAUUGUUGUUGUUGAAAAACAUAAAGUAAAAAUGCAAGAAAUCGACGAGAAAACAGAGAGCAGUAUAGUUGAACAAGCAGAAUGCGGUGAAUCAUGUACUGAAUAUAGUGCCGCAACAUUCUGCACCACUUUUAUGGAAGAUUUCAAUAUAAAGCAAGUAUGUCGUUACCUAUUGGGCUCAAUUACGAAACAUGACCAGAAAAAAAUUUUGCAUGAUAUUCCAUUAUCAUUAGAUCAUAAAUAUAACAUAUCACAAACAAUCGAUCUUUGUGGUAGUACAACAUCAACUAAGAAACGUCUCGAAACUUAUCAUCAACUUUUAACAAUAUUUGACAGUAUACUAAUUAUUUAA